GAGUAACCCGAUUGCCUUUCAUUGACAGAGGGGAUCAUUGGCAAACAUUAUAUGAUGAAAAAGGCAGAUUUCUACUCUUUUCUGCCUUUAAAGAGUUUUCCAGAGUCCACUAAGCAGGCAUCAUGGAAAAGGGUCAGGGAGUUCCCGUGCCGAUGACAGAUGCAGCACCACCAUACUCAGGCCCCCCUGCAGGCUUUAACAUGGUAGUCUAUCAGGGAGGCCCUCCACCUGCUGGCUACCCUGCUCAACAACCUGGAUACCAGUACUCCCAGCAACAGCCUCAGAUCAUGCAUCCUGUGAAUCAGGUUGUUGUAGUGCAGCAGCUGCCAACUGAUACUCCAGGACAGAUGAUGUGUCCUCGCUGCCAAACCACUGUUGUCAGUCAUACCGAGUACAAAUAUGGUAUGCUCACGUGGAUGAUCUGUGGGAUACUUGGAUUCUUCUUGAUCUGGCCUUUCUGUCUGAUCCCCUUCUGUGUGGAUGCCUGUAAGGACGUGGAGCACAUCUGUCCCGUGUGCCGGACCGUCCUGCAUGUCCACAAACGCAGAUGAAACAGCAGUCGUCUUACAUUUUUUUCGAUUGCACUAAAAUCAAAAGAAUAUCACAAUAAUCAAAACCUCACACUCAAGGAGCAAAACAUUGGCCCAGAUUUGCACCACUAUAAGCACAAUGUCAGACUCACACUUUUUGCAGUGAUUUGCAAAACACUAAACACACUUGUGUCAUUAGACACAGAAGUAUAUCAUGAUGUCACUUCCUCGUAUUUCCAAAGCACUAACUGUCAAACUACCACCCCUAUGAGC